AUGGGACAAUUUAGAAUGAGAUUCCUGUUGGGAUUUUGUGCAACAUUCCUGCAUUCGGUAAGAUUUAUUGAUACAUUUGUUUGUGACUUCGGAGAUCCCGAUGACCUACUUACCAGCAAUGCUCUCGUUAGCUGUCACAUGGACAUCGAUGUCUUCGAUACCGCAACUGUGAGAUGUCCUAGCCGCAUCAACGACACGGAAUACGUAUGGCAUCCUCAGCCUGCCGUUUGUGAUCACGCUCAUCUCAACACUUACGUGGGCGGAAAUGGCAAAAUUCGUUCCGUUGUUAUUUCGGACGUCGUGCACUCUGAAUCCAAUAAUCCAUUCAUCCGAUUCGAAUGCAAUGGUUCUCAAACGGAACUGCAUCUCAACACACCCAUGUACGAACUGGUUGCAAUCAUCGAGCACCGCUUGAUAUUCAUCUGCGGACCGCGCGAUUUGGUUUUGAGUGAUACGCUGCAACGCCACCUUGACCGCCUCAAUGGGGCCACCCAAAUGCAAGCACAUCCUUGGACUCCGCCCAACCCAUUGACUGAUGAAAUAACUGAGAUAGGGAAUGGAUUGGGUGUAUUUUUCUUGUACAGAGGACAUACACAUCUACCACUUCAAGGCUGUGGUAGCCGCCCAUCACCACUGUUCCUCUCUAAUAGCGAUAUGGCCGUGAAUCCCAUCACGGGCAUCCGCUCAUGUGUGGUUGAUCCUAUGUCUAGAUCACCCAUAGGGUUUCUCUGCGAAGGCAGGAUCGAGCCCGAGGAUUGUAUGAGGUCCAUCUUUAACCCAAAUGGUGAAGUUGUGGCGGCUCCGGAACCAUACGCAUAUUGGUGUUUUGAUGACCAUAAACCUUGGGUAGUAGCUAAAUAUUUCAAUGGAUUAGCACUACCAUCCUUCAAUGGUGAAUGCAGAUGCAUAGGUUCGGAAAAUGGUCAGGUGAAUGCCAAGAUUGCGAUCCGUUCUACAUCUGACUACGUUUGCAAUAUUACCAACAAGAUCUUCCGCAAUCUCGUUCGACCCAUCAGUGGCCCUUGGUGCUCAGUCGUUCUCCAUCCCGGCAGCACUUUGACCAUAAGAUUCCCAAUAGAGGAAGCCGAUGGGGAGCCCUACGACGAGUACCCCCAACUCGGGCUAACCUCUCAAAAACUGCCUAAAUAUUUAUUCAAAACUGAAUUUCAACCAACGGACUUGACUAAGUUGUGGCAAUCAAAAAAUAUAUACCAUGAUGGUGUUUACGACGAAAUUCUGUAUCACGAAGCACUUGCUGGCGAUGCUCUUGAGUUAGAUGUUUCCCAAUUUGCUCGAGGAGAGGUAAAACUGACGUACCAUCUGGACAAACCUCUCACAUUAAUAAGCGGGUUAAAUUCGUUCUUUUUCCAUUGGACAUUAAAAGCCAUAAACAAGUACGUUUUUGAUAGCAUACACGCCACUGUGAACGUGUCACUUGCUCUUACUCAUUACUACCUUAUCGUUGGUUGCGACCGGGGACCACAAAAUGUAUUUGAUCCAGACAUGAGCAAUGAGCAUUGUUCAACCAAAAUAUAUGGAAAUGGUAUGGGACAAACUUACGAAUGUGCAUACCACAUUACGUGGGACGAUUGGUACGCUGGCAUCCAUUGCAGGCCCAACGAGGAGUUGUUGCCAAACAACUGCGACUCCACAGGAUACGAUCUUUACUCUAAUCGGAUUAUGUCACUCCCAGGAUCUAUGCGUCCUGCGACAUCACAUCCCAUUCGGGGGUUUCAGGUGUUCGACUUCUUCAUUCUUGAAGAUGGUCCUGUCAGUUUUGCGUGCAUUUGCGUAGACCAACGUGGAUACGAAAAAUCUAGGCUUAUUGUGGAGUCGACUCAUCAAGAAGAUUAUUCUUACACGGUAAGUCGUGAUGAGGUAUCUCAUACGUGGCUUCCUUACAUAUCGCUGCCAUGGAAGGAAGUAGGAGUAUCAAACGAAGGACCUGUAUCUUCAAAAUCACUCGUGUUAUACAACAUGUCAUCAGAUUACAUCACACUUCAUCUAGGCGCGAGUUUCUUAUUGCGUUGUGAUAUUGAUUCCGAAGUAUUCGACAACGAGAAUAAUUGCAUGGAAAGGUUGAUGUGGUUACCACGUGUGCCUGAGUUGUAUCAUUAUACUGUUGAGAAUACCUCAGAUGGACCUACUCUUAUUAGUAUCUCACACGAAGAAGUGAUUGCAGGAACAAAAGGAGGAUUUGAAGUGUUUCCGAUUGUCUACGCGCCCAGAUAUCGUGAAUUUGGCGUCAAAUCAGACAGAGGCGCCAUUAUUAUAUCUAAGCAUCCAAUACACAAGAAAUACGUGCCAAUGACAUUCGUUUGCGGCAAAGCACCCAAACCAUCGGACUUGUCCUUCGUAACCAGUGAUGCGCCCACUUCAAACGCCUCUGCGCAACACAAUUCCCAUAUUGUUCAAUCAUCUUCACGAUACACUUGGCACGUCGUUGAAGUUGCCGUCGAGACCACAGACCCGUAUAUGCAGGGCUGCGGCGUUACGUACGCGUCGGACGAAUUUUUCAAACCGGAGACACCUCCACUCUACGACGGUGAUGGGAAGUCGCAGUUUGGCUGCAAGAUUGAUCUUCAGGCUGCCAAGGAAGCUGCGUUCUACUGCCCGGCGCCGUAUGUCCUGGACCCACCCAACUGCUUCAGCCAAGUAUUAGUGGACGGUAGCAUCACUAACUUGGCCGAUGUCAGCAAAUCUUUGAGGGCAUCACGGUCCAACCACUUCGUCAUUUUGCAUUUACACAGCUCACUCUUGAGGUCUGGGGAGACACUUCACCAAACACCACCGUUGCAAUGUCGUUGCGUCACCAUCAAGGGCAUAGUUCUCUCAACCAUCCAGAUAGAGAACUAUUAG